AAACCACCAUAUUCAUACGCGACAUUGAUCAAGUAUGCAAUUGAAAACAGCUCGGACAGAAAGCUGACACUGAGCGAUAUUUACCAGUGGGUCAUUGACCAUUAUCCUUACUACAAUUCGGCUGGAUCUGGCUGGAAGAACUCAAUCCGUCACAACCUCUCCCUCAACAAAAGCUUUGUUCGUGUUCCACGGCCCAUAAAUGAACCCGGAAAAGGCUCUUAUUGGACUGUUGAC